AUGGCUACGAAGAACCCAACCCCCCAACCCCUCCGAGCGAUCCGGGCCAAAUCCACUGGAUCCACGAUCACAGUUUACCAAGCCUUCUCCCCCGAAAUCGCCGAACCUGCUCUGAGGGCCCAGAAAUUCGUACCUCCAUUCUCGCGCACGCGCAUGACCUGGAUCAAGCCCUCCUUCCUCUGGAUGGCUUACCGCUGUGGCUGGGCCACCAAACCGAGCCAAGAACGUGUUUUGGCGAUCGAGAUAACCCGUGAAGGCUUCGAAUGGGCCCUGAAAAGAUCCUGCCUCAGUCAUGUACCUGGCACCCAGGACCAAGAGCAAGAUGAAUGGCGUCAGCGUCUCCGUAAGAGUCCCGUCCGUGUACAGUGGGAUCCGGAGCGAGAUCUGUGGCACCGGCCACUAAGAUAUCGAUCCAUUCAGAUUGGGAUCAGUGGGGAGGCGGUUGAGCGAUACAUUGAUGAGUGGAUCGUUUCGAUCACUGACGUGACGGGUCUGAUGGAGGAUGUCAAGAGGGCCUUGGAUAGGGGGGAUGUCGAAGAAGCCGAAGGCCUUCUUCCGGUCGAGGGUGCUUAUCCUCUGUCGGAGGAGCUGCGAGACAUAUUGCAAGCGACGUAA